AUCUCAAUCUCAUUUCUCGUUUCUUACCAUUUUUGUUCACUUCUCUCUCUCUCUCUCUCGCCGAUCAAAACCCUAGGAUCUUCAAUUCAAACCAUUCGAUCUCUGAGGGUUGCUCUCACUGUCAUGUAGGUUUGAUUCUUCUUCUCUUCUGGGAUCUUGAGAGACGAAGAGAAGAGAUCUGAGGUCUUCUGAGAGAGAAAGAUUUGCUCACUCGUUGACCCGAUCGGUUUUUUCCUUUUGUCGCUUGGGACUUUUCAAUUUUACUUUCGACGGAUCGGCUCUGAUUUGUUUACGUAGAUGGCGGAAUCAUCUCCUGAUUCGUGUUUCAAAGGAGGCAAAUUUAGUGCUCCAGGGUUUAGAUUUCACCCUACUGAUGAAGAGCUUGUGAUGUAUUAUCUUAAGAGGAAGAUUUGUAGGAAGAGGCUUAGAGUUAACGUUAUUGGUGUUUUUGAUGUUUACAAAAUGGAUCCUGAGGAAUUGCCUGGUCAAUCGAUGUUGAAGACGGGAGAUAGACAGUGGUUCUAUUUCACUCCAAGGAGUAGAAAGUAUCCAAACGCAGCUAGGUCAAGUAGAGGCACUGAAACUGGGUAUUGGAAAGCAACGGGGAAGGAUCGAGUGAUCGAGUAUAAUUCCAGAUCGGUAGGAGUUAAAAAGACUCUUGUUUUCUAUAGAGGACGGGCACCUAAUGGUGAGCGGACUGAUUGGGUGAUGCAUGAGUACACGAUGGAUGAAGACGAACUAGGGAGAUGUAAGAACCCCCAGGAUUACUAUGCUCUUUAUAAGCUGUUUAAGAAAAGUGGUGCUGGUCCUAAAAAUGGUGAACAGUAUGGUGCUCCGUUCCAAGAAGAGGAAUGGGUUGAUGAUGAUAAUGAAGAUGGGAACAAUGUUCCUGUACCAGAGCAACCUGUUGUUUGUUAUGAGGAUACUCGUCGUGUGGAUGGGAGGGGACUUUUCAAUCCUGUCGGUCUUCAGUUAGAGGAUAUUGAUGCGCUUCUCAAUGGAAUCCCAGAUGCACCUGGGGUUCCAUCAAGAUGUAUUCCCCAGGUGAACAGCGAAGAAGAGCUGCAGAGCACGUUGGUCAACAAUUCUGCUAGAGAAAUCUUACCAAAUAGCCAGCCAUACAACAGGCACUCAAGUUUUGACUCUUUAGAGACCACUGAGGCCACUUCAGCUCCCAAGACCUCUGGCAUAUCACCUCUGGUGUUUGAAAAGGAUGAUUUCAUUGAAAUGGAUGAUCUUCUGAUCCCUGAACUUGGAGAUUGUUCAAUUGAGAAAGCCGCACAGUUCUCGAACCAUGGUGAAUUCGGCGACAUUAAUGAGUUUGACCAAUUGUUCCAUGAUGUUUCCAUGUCUUUGGAUAUGGAACCCAUUGACCAGGGAACUUAUACAGAUCUGUCUUCUCUGAGUAAUUUUGCUAACAACACAUCAGACCAAAGACAACAAUUCCAGGACCAGACUCCCGAGAACCAGUUGAACAACAUUAUGGAUCCUAGUACAACGCUCAAUCAGUUCCCUAACGAUACCUGGUUCCAAGAUGAUCAGACUGUUCUGUUUGAUGAACAAACUUUUUCUGCAGCAUUUGCUUCACCCUCGUCAGGUGUGAUGCCUGAUUCCACCAAUCCUACUAUGAGUGUGAAUCCCCAAGACCAGGAAUGCCAAAAUGGUGGUGGAACAACAAGCCAGUUCUCAUCAGCUCUGUGGGCAUUAAUGGACUCAAUACCUUCAACGCCAGCCUCUGCGUGUGAGGGUCCUCUUAACCGAACCUUUGUACGUAUGUCUAGCUUCAGCCGUAUCAGGUUCAAGGCUAAUGGAACGCCAGUGACCAAUACCAUAGCAAAGAAGGGUAUCAGAAACAGAGGUUUUCUUCUCUUGUCAAUCGUUGGUGCCUUGUGUGCCAUCUUCUGGGUGUUCAUAGCAACCAUCCGAGUCUCAGGUAGAACCAUCUUCUCUUGAAAAGACUCGUGGUGGUUUUCUUGAACUCCUAGUUAGAGAGCAAGCGAGAUGAAGAAACCAUGACCCACAUUAGUGUUCAUGGGAUUAUUAACCUAUUUUUAAUAUAUAUGAAUCUUUGAAUAUGUACAGAGUUUGAAAGAGUAAAGAACCAUAAUUCUUGAUAAAGGAUUUUGUUCUCUUUUCCUGCA